ACCAUGCUAAGCAGCGUGACCGUCUGCUUUCCUCCAGGAUGUCCCAGUGGUACGAACUCCAGCAGCUGGACGCCAAGUUCCUGGAGCAGGUGCACCAGCUCUACGAUGACAGCUUCCCCAUGGAGAUCCGCCAGUACCUGGCCCAGUGGCUGGAAAAGCAGGACUGGGAGCACGCCGCCAAUGAUGUUUCGUUCGCCACCAUCCUUUUUCACGACCUCCUGUCGCAGCUGGACGAUCAGUACAGCCGCUUUUCUCUGGAAAACAACUUUCUGUUGCAGCACAACAUCAGGAAAAGCAAGCGCAACCUUCAGGAUAAUUUCCAGGAAGACCCAAUACUGAUGUCUAUGAUCAUCUAUAACUGUCUGAAGGAGGAAAGAAAAAUUCUGGAAAAUGCCCAGAGAUUCAAUCAGGCUCAGUCGGGGAGCUUUCAGGGCACGGUGAUGCUGGACAAGCAGAAGGAGCUGGACGCCAGAGUGAGGGCCGUGAAGGACAAGGUGAUGUGCAUAGAGCAGGAAAUCAAGACGCUGGAAGACUUACAAGAUGAAUAUGACUUUAAAUGCAAAACCUCGCAGAACAGAGAGCACGAAGCCAACGGCGUGGCGAAGAGCGACCAGAAGCAAGAGCAGAUGCUGCUGCAGAAGAUGUACUUGAUGCUGGACAAUAAGAGAAAGGAGGUCGUGCACAAAAUAAUCGAGGUGCUGAAUGCCACCGAGCUGACCCAGAAGGCCCUGAUCAACGACGAGCUGGUGGAGUGGAAGCGGAGGCAGCAGAGCGCCUGCAUCGGGGGCCCCCCCAACGCCUGCCUCGACCAGCUGCAGAGCUGGUUCACUGUCGUCGCCGAGAGUCUGCAGCAGGUCCGCCAGCAGCUUAAAAAGCUCGAGGAGCUGGAGCAGAAGUACACCUACGAGCACGACCCCAUCACGAAGAACAAGCAGGCCCUGUCGGACCGCACCUUCAGCCUCUUCCAGCAGCUCAUCCAGAGCUCCUUCGUGGUGGAGCGGCAGCCCUGCAUGCCCACGCACCCGCAGAGGCCGCUGGUCCUGAAGACGGGCGUGCAGUUCACCGUGAAGCUGAGAUUGUUGGUGAAAUUGCAAGAGCUGAAUUAUAACUUGAAAGUCAAAGUUCUAUUUGAUAAGGACGUGAAUGAGAGAAACACAGUGAAAGGGUUCAGGAAGUUCAACAUCUUGGGCACGCACACCAAGGUGAUGAACAUGGAGGAGUCCACCAACGGGAGCCUGGCGGCCGAGUUCCGACACCUGCAACUGAAGGAACAGAAGAACGCCGGCAACAGAACCAACGAGGGCCCGCUCAUCGUGACUGAGGAGCUGCACUCCCUCAGCUUCGAGACCCAGCUGUGCCAGCCGGGCUUGGUGAUCGACCUGGAGACGACCUCCCUGCCUGUGGUGGUGAUCUCCAACGUCAGCCAGCUCCCCAGCGGCUGGGCCUCCAUCCUGUGGUACAACAUGCUGGUGACGGAGCCCAGGAACCUGUCCUUCUUCCUGAACCCGCCCUGCGCGCGCUGGGCGCAGCUCUCCGAGGUGCUAAGCUGGCAGUUCUCCUCCGUCACCAAGAGAGGCCUCAACGGGGACCAGCUGGCCAUGCUGGGCGAGAAGCUGCUGGGUCCUGGUGCCGGCCCCGACGGCCUGAUUCCGUGGACAAGGUUCUGUAAGGAAAAUAUAAAUGACAAAAAUUUUCCUUUCUGGCUUUGGAUUGAAAGCAUCCUUGAACUCAUCAAAAAGCACCUGCUCUCUCUCUGGAAUGAUGGGUGCAUCGUGGGCUUCAUCAGCAAGGAGCGCGAGCGGGCGCUGCUCAAGGACCAGCAGCCGGGCACCUUCCUGCUGCGCUUCAGUGAGAGCUGUCGCGAGGGCGCCAUCACCUUCACGUGGGUGGAGCGGCCGCAGAACGGAGGCGAGCCUUACUUCCAUGCGGUGGAGCCCUACACGAAGAAAGAGCUCUCUGCGGUGACGUUCCCUGAUAUCAUUCGAAACUACAAGGUCAUGGCCGCUGAAAAUAUCCCAGAGAACCCCCUCAAGUACCUGUACCCCAACAUCGACAAAGACCAUGCCUUUGGGAAAUAUUACUCCAGGCCCAAGGAAGCAGCAGAGCCCAUGGAAGUCGAUGGCCCCAAAGGGACGGGAUACAUCAAGACAGAGCUGAUCUCCGUGUCUGAAGUUCACCCUUCCCGACUGCAGACCACAGACAACCUGCUCCCCAUGUCUCCCGAGGAGUUUGACGAGGUGUCUCGGAUCGUGGGCCCCGUGGAAUUCGACAGCAUGAUGAACGCAGUAUAGAGCACGAGCUUUCUCGUCUCCUCUGCCGACACCUGUCCCUCCCGCCUGUGCUCCCUCCUGCUGUUCUGUCCUUCGCAUCCUGCUUCUCGGGAAAGGGAAGAAAGGCCCAGUGUGCUGCAGCCUGUGAUAGCAAGUGGAUUUCCCCUAAUUCAGAGACACCUGUUCCCCUGCAGGGCUGCAUGCAUCUCAUUAAAGGUAAAAGGGAGAGGCCCUCUCCACGGAGUGGAGCGAGCGGGGCUACACAUGAAAGCAUCAGGACUCCCAGGGUGAGAGUGGGAAGGGGAGGCAUCGGCAGCACCCAGCAAUGCCACUCGCCAAGCCAGGGCCAGCCCGCGGGGGUCGGGACCGACCCUGCUGGCUUAGGGGCUUCUGGCCGAUCCUCUUCUGGAGAAUUCGUGUUUGUUUUCUCUGCCUUAAAUAUGGCUGGAAGUUUUCCCCUGGUUUCCCUAGGAAACAGUUCAAAGCUAAGUUUAUCUAGAAUCGCAUCCCCUCCUAACAGAGGUAGCCAUCCUGAACCUGGGCAGGGGGAACAGCUGUGUCCUGUAUUUUAUUAUAACGCCCACACUAGCCACUCGCAGCCAAAGACAGAUUCUCUCCCGGGAGGAUUCGCUUUGCUGUCACGGUGAUGAUUCUGGCUAACACCCGUGGAAGGCAGCACAGCCCCACGUUCGGGAGUCGUGUUUUCUGUUUAAGCGUGAGUGUCCACAGCUGAAGACGCUGCCUCCAUCACGGCCGCUGGUCAGUUCGAUCGCCUUCACGCUCUAUCCGGGAACAGCUGUUCCCAGCCGCGCUCAGGCCAGACCCUGAUAUUCUUUCAAAGGUGGAGAGUAAUCAGGUGUAGACGAACUCAGAAACUCAAUUCAUGUUUCUUAAUGGUUAACUUGUCUUUAUUGUUAUUCGCUGGUAUUUAGUCUCCUAGUCAUAACAUUUUCAAAUUGAGAAAGAAUGUAACUGGCCAAUCGUUAACCAGAGGUAGUCUGAGAACCAAAUCCUUGAAAGCUCGUGCUGUGUAACCGCGUGGACAAUGGCUUCUUUUCACUGAUAAAGUGUUUUUCUGAAAAAGGCA